AUGGACAUUGAACGCCAGAAAGGCCAUGUAAUCGCAAGUAGCCAUUCUGAUCCUACUGAGAAUGCUUUCGAGAUGCGAAACUACUCCAAGCUCGGAGGCACCGAAGUUGACGACCAGGAGAUGCGGAUGCUGGGAAGAACACAGCAGCUCAAUGACGAGCUUCUAUGGUUUGAUAAAUGGAGGCACUGCUGGUCUCGUCUGGGGAUACUUUGUUGUUUGGCUUGGCUACAUGCUAGUGUUCGCGACAAUCGCAGAGAUGGCGUCAAUGGCACCAACUCCGGUGGACAGUACCACUGGGUUUCAGAAUUCGCUCCACGCAGCUGCCAGAGGUUCGUCAGCUAUCUUGUUGGCUGGACCUCGGUUUUAGGAUGGCAGACAGGUCUUGCAUCCCUAGUGUUCUUGGUUGGAACUAUGAUUCAAGGCCUCUUAGUUCUUGACAACGACAAGUACAUCUUCGAAAGAUGGCACGGAACUCUACUCGUCAUUGCCAUUACGGCCUUCUGCAUAAUCUUUAACACCGUCCUGGCCAGAAAGCUUCCGAUGGUCGAAGGCUUGGUUCUCAUAAUUCAUAUUCUGGGAUUCUUCGCAGUCUUGAUUCCCCUCUGGGUUCUUGCGCCUCGCAAUUCUCCAAAACUUGUCUUCACCGAGUUUCUCAAUCUUGGAGGAUGGAAUACAAAGGGACUUUCCUUCAUGGUUGGCCUUCUCGCUCCAAUUUACACUUUGAUUGGGGCAGAUUCUGCGGUCCAUAUGUCAGAAGAGAUCAAAGAUGCUUCAAUUGUGCUACCCAGAGCAAUAAUGUGGGCGGCAACCAUUAAUGGCUCACUGGGAUUUGUGAUAAUCGUCACAUUCUGCUUUACUUUGGGCAGUGUCUUCGACAUUCUGGAUACACCCACCCACUAUCCAUUCAUCCAAGUCUUCUACAACGUCACGCAAAGCAAAGCUGGAACGUCGAUCAUGACAGCCAUCAUAAUCGUUAACAUCACUUCAGCAUGUAUCAGCACCGUCGCAACUGUGUCACGGCAGACUUGGUCUUUUGCUCGAGAUAGAGGAUUACCGUGUUGCUCCUUCAUCGCACAUGGUGGAAUCCCCUUGAAUGCCGUUCUUCUUACAUUUGCGAUCACCACUGUCCUGUCUCUCAUUAAUAUCGAGUCCACAGUUGCCUUUAAUGCAAUUGGCUCUCUCGCAGUCUCAGCCAUUCUUGGGACGUACAUAAUCUCAUUCGUCUGUUUGAUCCUCCGACGUCUCCGGAAGGAUCCUAUGCCACCACGCCGAUGGUCGCUCGGAAGUGCUGGGAUUUUCAUCAAUAUCGGAGCUGUCUGCUUCCUCCUGCUUGUAUGGGUGUUCGUCUUCUUCCCAAUCGAGAGCAAAGUUACUGUUGAAAUGAUGAAUUGGAAUGUGGUCAUGUUCUUUGGAACGAUGAUUUUUGCAGUGGCAUAUUAUCUUAUUAUUGGCAAGAAGAAGUAUACUGCACCAGUAGACUUGGUCAAGAGAGAUCUGUAG